GGCAGCUUUUGUUGCUCGUGCGAGCGUUUAGUACCUUCCCGGCGUGUCCGUGGUCACCUCCGCCUGAAAUCAUAAGCGCUUAAGCAUGGCAGGCAGCCCAAACCACCGUAUAACAAUGUUUAAUGCUUUGUCACCGAAGGCGCACGCGCUACGCCGAAAAGAACGGCUGCCCAAAGCGCCGCGUAGAUGAGAGGAAGCCCUGGCAAUGAUGAAGGUGCUGCAUCUGCAUCAGCCGGUCCCAUGCGAGCCGGUGCUGCAUGGGAGCACUACUUGGACGCAUCUCUCGUCGAGGCUCGCACGCUGUCUGGGGACACCUUUUCCGAUGACGACCUCGCCGAGGAGGGCACGGAGUUCGUGGACCUCGAAGCAGCGCUCGGGGACGUGCCGACCGCGCAGCCGGUCGAGGGGGCGCCAUUGGAACGCUCCCAGGACGGCGCCGUCGCCGUCGCCGAGCGCAUUCCCCUCUUCACCGAGUACGACCGCUCGACGCCCCUCCGCUUCCUCCGGAAACUCUGCCUCUACUUCGUGUGCUGCCCCUGCGCGCUCGGCUUCCUCCUGCGUCGGUGCCUGCCGCCGUGCUUGAAAAGGUGCUGGGAAUUGAUGGGUGACGUUGUGUAUUACGUUUGUUGCGUGCCCCUCGGCAGAUUCUGCGUGGCCCUCUUCCGCUGCUGCGACGCGGUGGGUCGGUGCUGUACCGCCCUCGGCCGCGCCAUCCACAAAUGCUGCGCCGCCGCACAUCGCAUCUUCGUGGCGCCAGUCGCGGCCGCCGUUGGGCGGUGCUGUACCGCCCUCUGCAAUUUACUCAAACGAUGCCUCGCGGCCGUCGGCCGAUGCUGUACCGCCCUCGGCCGCGCAAUCCACAAAUGCUGCGCCGCCGCACAUCGCAUCUUCGUGGCGCCAGUCGCGGCCGCGGUCUCGCGAUGCUGUACCGCCCUCGGGAAUUUACUCAAACGAUGCCUCGCGGCCGUCGGGCGGUGCUGUGCCGCCCUCGGCCGUGCGAUCCGCCAAUGCUGCGCCGCCGCACAUCGCAUCUUCGUGGCGCCUAUCGUAAAAGUGAUUCGGAAAUGCUGUAACGGCAUGGCCUACGCGCUUCGUCGAUGCUAUGCGGCGGUCGGGGAGGCCGUCGGCGUCUGCUGUCGAGCAAUCUGCCGCAUUGUCGUGAAGCCCCUCGUACAAUGCUGCGCCGCUAUCUGCCGGCAGAUAGCCAGAGGCUGCAACGCCGUCGCCGGGGCCGCAUGCAAGUGCUGUACCUGCAUCUGCCGGUCCAUUGGAAAAUGCUGCAACUGGGUCGGGGAGCACGUCGUGACGCCGCUGCGCAACUUCGUGCUCGCCGUGAUGUACGGCGUCUACGAUCAUAUCAUGGCGCCCCUGGGCCGCGGCAUCUACGCCGUCGCCGCGGCGAUGUGCGCAGUCGCCGCGAGGGUUGGCCAGGCGAUCUACGGCGUCGCCGCGAGGGUUGGCCAGGCGAUCUACGGCGUCGCCGCGAGGGUUGGCCAGGCGAUGUACGACGUCGCCGCGGGGGUCGCCGCGGCGAUGUACGACGUCGCCGCGGCGGUGGCCAACGCGGCGUACGGGGUCGCCGAAGCCCUCGGCAACGCCAUUAACGGUCGUGGACGCAGCGACGCGUAGCGCGCUCGCGGCGCUCGUUUAAACAGUAGUUUUGUGUUUUU